UCAAUUCUGCAAACAGUUCUAAUUUACUAUCGCUGUUCUCUAGCUGAUCUAAAACCGCUUUUGACCUAAAGGGACGCUUUUUGGACGCCAUGGAUAUUUUUUUCAGUUUCCAGGCAGAAAGAACAGUAAAAAUGCAGGCAGGGCACAGGACAAAGCACUAGGGACAAAAUGUAUGUGAAAUGGUUUGAUACAUGAAUGUCACUUUUUCACAUUUUUUAAUUUCCCGCCGUUCCAUCCCCGUACGUCCUGACGUCGCAGGGAACGGAACCCAGAAGACAGAUGCCGACAUCGGCCGGAGGAGAUGGCCGGGGACGCUGCAGGAGGGACAU